AUGUCUAGAACAAUACGAAGCGCUUCGAUCUCGCGCAAGACGAACGAGACCGACAUCGCCAUAACGCUCACGCUCGACGUCGCGGUCGGCGCCGCGCAGGAGAUCAACAUCAGCACAGGCAUCGGAUUCCUAGACCAUGUGAGCUUGCCAUGCAGUGUUCCCGCAUACUAUCGCUUCUGCACGCUGACGUCGAUUCCGCCCUGCCUCGUCUCUCGUCCCUCGUGCAUCAACUCCCAUCGCGAUUGCGAUCUGCUCCGUGUACCGUGA